AUGCGUAUGCGUAUCAGUCCUGUGUUCGCGUAUGUAGUAGGGCGAUGGUUAGCUGGCACGGCUGCGGGGAAACACCUGAGUGAUGACACCGCGACUGUGUCCUCAGACCCUGCGAGUAAGAAGAAACGGUUAGAAGAUGAACCAUUUGAUGGAGUUGCUUUGGAACAUCAACCAGAAGUAGAAGAUGUAUUAGGCUUAUCAGUCGCUCUCUCAACCACAACUUCUAAGGGUAAUUCUCCUUCAAAUGAAAUACAGAGGCUCAGGUCUUCCUCCAGUACAACUGACCAAUUAAUAAUUGGUCCAAUUAAUAAACGAGAUCCUACUCAUGGACCAGGUAUGGCCAAGACAUAUUUUAAGGAAGGUUCAUUUCAACCACAGGAUUUAAAUUUCCCUCAAGUGGACGGUAGGAAAUUUAGGCCAGAGUGGUAUAAAAUAUUUUCUUGGCUGGAAUACAGUAUUUUAACAGAUAAAGCGUUCUGUUUUGUCUGCCGUUUGUUUUACAACUCUGAAGAAAAUAAUGCAGAAGAUGUAUUUACCCUCACUGGAUUUUCCAAAUGGAAGAAAGCUGUAAACGCGUUUAAGAAACACGAGAAUAGCAGCUCACAUAGAAUUAGUAACAUUAAACUCAAUUCUCUAAAAGAAGCAGACAAAAGUGGCACUGUUAUAGAAAAAGUACAUCAGCAGUAUUCAGAAGAAGUAAAAGAAAACAGAUUGUACCUAGAAGCUUUGUGUGAAUCGCUGAUAUUUUGUGGUAGGCAAUCUAUUGCUUUGCGAGGUCAUGACGAAUCUACAGAUUCGAAGAAUAGAGGAAACUUUUUGGAGCUUAUGAAGCUUCGUUCUAUAGAUAACUGUUAUACCUCACCGACUUUCCAGAAUGAGCUAUUGUCAAUUAUUGGGGAACAAAUUAAAAUGCACAUUGCCAAAGAAGUUAAAGAGGCAAAGAUUUUUGCCAUUAUAGCAGAUGAGACUCAAAACAUAGCAAAACACGAACAAGUAGCUAUUGUCUUAAGGUAUGUUAAUGACAAGUUAGAAAUUCAUGAGUCAUUUGUAGGAUUUUACCGUACUAAAAGAGCUGACGGCGUUUCACUGGCCAAUGAACUGAAGAAUGUUUUGAUUUCGCUGGACUUGAACCUAAAAUACCUACGUGCUCAGUGCUAUGAUGGCGCCUCAAACAUGAGAGGCCCAUAUAAAGGAGUGGCAGCUAUAAUUAUGCAAGAAGCUCCAAUGGCAAUAAACACGUUCUUUGUACUUCAAAGUCUUUAUAACUUCAUUGCGAAAUCAACUAAACGACAUGCUGUUUUUGAAGAAAUUCAAAAAACUUUUCAAAGCCAUGAUGGUGGAACAGUAACAUUAAAAUCUUUAAGUGACACUCGAUGGGCUUGUCGUGUCGAAGCCGUACGCUCUCUACUAGAUAAUUUUGAUGCCACUCUUGCAACUUUACGGGAGAUUUACGAAAAAGACAAUGAUAGUGGUGGACAAGCCAAUGCGUUAUUGAAAAAUAUUGAGGACUUUAACUUUGUAUUUGAUCUUUUAUUGCUCAAAAGAGUUCUAUCCCAAUGUGAUGUACUGUCAAAAACACUUCAGUCAAGUAGUGUGACUUAUGAAAUUGUGAAAUCUGUAAAAAACAGCACUCUUGAUGUAUUAAAAUCCUUCAGAACACAUGAAUUUUUCACAAAGUUGUUUGAUCACUGCACAGACAUCACUGACAAGUGCGGGUUUAAAACCGCCCAACUGCCAAGAAAUAGCCGAAUUCCACUAAAAAUUGGUGGAGGAAGUAAAACCCCAUUUGAAUCUGUAGAGCAGUACUACAAAGUAUCAAUCCUUUGGCCAGUUAUUGAUAUCCUAAUCGAGGAGAUAGAGGCUAUACUUCAAGAAAACAUCCUAGAUGUACUUAACCACUUGUGGAGUUCUAGGUGGAACCGAUGUAGACACAGCCUCUGUGCAAUAUGUGUCUAAAUAUUAUAAUUUAGACAACGAACUUCUUCUAUCUGAACUUAGAUGUUUCCUUAAAAUGGAAGAAUCAAGAAACAUAUCAAUUCAAGAAAGAGCUGACGUUUUUGUUCAUAAAUCUUUGAAAAAUGUGUUUCCUAUGCUUUUUGAACUUUUUCGUUUGUUUUUCACGAUUCCAAUGAACUCGGCUUCAUGUGAAAGGUCUUUUUCAUGCUUGCGUCGAUUGAAAACAUACACCAGAAGUACAGUUGGACAGGAUAGAUUAUCAUCUUUGGCUCUUUUAGCCAUCGAAAGGAAUGUAAAAGUAAACAUUUCUAAAGUUAUUGAUGAUUUUGAUUUAAACCGAAAUAGAAGACUUCAUUUUGUAUGAAAAUGAAUAUAAACAUUGAUUAUUAUUAAAAGUUUUUUUAUAUUUACUUAAUUUCUCUCUUUUAUAAUUCAAUGGGUUAAAUAAGGUUUAGCUAGUAAGGUAAGUGAUUAAAAAAUAUUGUUUUAAGGUAAUUAUGGCCUUCCAUAUAUGGGAGUUAGUUUAACAAAUGUUAUUUUUGUAAAAAAAAAAAGGUCAUUUAGGCUAAUUAAAUUUGCCACCCCAGAUAAAAUAUUGAAAUGACGCCUAUGGCUCUCGCUGGACCGAUUUUAAUGAAUACGUCAAAAGAUCCCAAAUCGUAUCGAGUCGAAGACGUUACCUCCAAAAUAUUAGAAAUUUAAAUAUUGCUCAUUUUUGACAUUUUUAAAAAUUUUUUUACCUAAAAUUGCAAUAACAUUUUUAAAAAUGACCGAAUUAAUAUAAUUUAUUUUUAUAUAUAUACCUUAGGUAUUUAUCUAUCAUUUUAUAUAUUUUUGAGAACAUUUGACCCUUUAACAGCCUACAGGAAGGGUUUAAAAAUAGUAACAUAACUAUUGAAAAUGUUCUGGAAAGACUGAUACUUUUAUAUAUAUCUUAAAUUAAAGCUUAUGAAAUAUACUUUAAUUUUAAAAAAAUAAAUUUGACCUCUAGUUUUGUCUUUGUAGUGAAAAUGACUACCGUAUUAAAAAAUAUGCUAUUUUUGUGUUAAAAUUUGGGGUUUUGUAUUUUAUUUUAAUUUAAAAUACCU